CAUAAUCCUGCCAAAAAGAAAAACGAAACAGAAAUUAUCUCAACCUACUCUCGAACUCUUAGAGUGUGGUUGAUUUAACCAACAGGUAGCGCACAUAGCCAGAAUGCGUUGCCUAGUUACUGAUGUACAGCAUACAAUAAACACGAAAGAGCUUAACUGUCAGUUUUAUGUUUGAGAUACAAGUUCAACUCCCCACCCUCCCUUUUUUUUUACGAUCUUGAAAAUAUUAGUUUUAAGUUUUAUACCUUCUUCCUGUGUUUAUUUCAUGAAAGUUCAGCGGUUUUUGCCCCUUUUUUACACACACGUCACUGAUUUAUAAUUUAAAUUUUAAUAUACAUAUGUGGACACGAUACAUACUACUAUUAGUAAAACUAACAGUAGUAUUACUAUUACAGUAUUAGCAAACAUGUUGACUAAUAGUGAUAACCUGGAUAAGCCUAAUAUUUUUUUUUCUAUUGAAAGUAAGCUUCAAGAACAACGAAUUCUUGCACGAAGACAUCAGAUUACAAAAAAGAUGGAUUCCCGUAAUGUUCAAAGUGUUGGUGAAGAUCAAGAUUCUACCUUGAGAAGCUCAUCAACUCAGUCAUCCCAACCAAGUCAUGAUAAGAAUAUUUUAGAAAGCCAAAAGCAACUUCAAAAAAGUGAACAGUACUUGAAAAAGUUACUUGAAGAUGGACUUGAGCAAGUAACAAAUGUUCAAGUUGCAGCAGUAUCUCGAGAGACUUUAGCACAGCAGCAAAAUGAUGCAGCUGCAUCAGUUAGGUGUAAGAACCUUGAAAAAGAAGCCCAAACUACUGAAGAAAAGUAUAAAGUGUUACUUGAAAAGUGGGAAAAUGCUGCAGAAAUUAGAACAGCUCAUGGUCUCCGUCAGAAACUGCAUAUUUUGAAUAAUGCUUGUAGUGAUUUGUUACAUCAAAAAAACCAAAUGAUUUCAGAACUUCAAGAUGAGCUUAGAUUAAAAGAGGAAGAAUAUGUUCAAGCCCUGAAGAAACAUGCUGGAGACAUAAAUUGCAUAAAAGAGAGAAUUGAUCAGUUGGUUACAGACUUAUCCAGUGCAAGCAAACAGGAGUUAAAAUAUAUAGAAGAUGCGUUUCAGACAGAUGAACAAAAGUUGAUGACUGAUCAUACAAAAAAAUGGGAGACGUUUCUGAAUAAUACAAUAGAGCAAGAAGGUGAAUAUUUGAUAGCUAGAGAAAAACAAGUUGAAGAAUUUGAACACCAACUACAUCAGGUGUAUUUCAAAGAUGCAGAAGAUUAUAAUCUUUGUAAACUGAAACUGGAAAAUGAUGUUCAUGUGCUUCAACAACACCUGCAACAGGUAAAAGCAGUUUACCUGUUGAAUCAAGAAAAGUUAGAAUAUAAUUAUCAAGUUCUCAAGAAACGUGAUGAAGAAAAUUCUAUCACGAAGUCAGAACAGAAACGUCGUAUUACUAAACUUCAUGAUCAGUACAUUGAUGUUAGGGCUAAAUUAGAAAAAGUAGAGAAAGCCAGACAAGAAGAGAAUUGUCGUCUGACAGAAGAAUAUUGCAACUUGGUUUGUCAGCUUCAACAACUUAACAAGAAAGCAAGAAUAUGUGACUUCCGAUAUGCAAAAGAAGCAGUACUUGAUGAUGUAGAUAGUGAUGUGGAUGAUGAAAAAGUAGGCAAAGAAUCGGAAUGUGAAGUUCAUUCCGGAUCUGAUGAUGGAGAAAUCGCAGACAAGUCAUCGAAGUUGAUGGAGAGUGAUUUGGGCAUGCGGCCUGACAAAAUUACAGAAGACAUGCGCAUAUACUGGUUAAAGACAGGGAGUGAAGCCUGUUGGAACAUGAAUGCCAUAUGCGAUGAGGUGACUGAAAUGCUUGGACAAAAGAUGUUAGAGAAAAUUAUUUCAGAACUCAAAGAAGCCAAAUAUUUUUCAAUGGCUGUGAAUUCAACCCCUGAUAUUUCACAAGUGGAUUGGCCAUUUUGCAUUUUUUUAUAUGUGUGUGAGAGUGGUCCUAUUGAAAGAUUCGUCAAAUUUUUUGAUUGCAGAGGUCACAUUGGUGAACAACUUGCCGAGAGUAUUCUGAUGUUUUUAGAAACAGAAAAAAUAGACUUAGAGAACUGCAGAAGUCGAUAA